AUGUUGCACCGCGUCGUGCGUCGCGUCUCGCGAGUAUCUUCCUCCCCUCUAUCACUCCCCCUCUUGUCUCGGCGGUUAUCCAUAGCCCCCGAGGUAUCCACAGCCUCCUGUGGCCAAUACAUUGAGGAAGAGUACAACGACAAUGCGCAUCCCAGUGCCGUCUCGGGCGUGUAUCAGCUGCCCGGGACCCUGCAAUUGGAGAAGGGGGAGACGCUCGUGGCGCCGGAGGUGGCGUACACCACCUACGGCAAGCUGAACGUGGCGCGGGACAACGUGAUCGUGCUGUGCCACGCACUCACGGGCCACUCGCUGGUACAUCAGUACUGGGAUGCCAUGGUAACGCCCGAGUGGACGGACAAGUAUUUCAUCGUGUGUAGCAACGUACUCGGCUCGUGUUACGGCAGCACAUGUCCGACGUGUAUCAAUCCGCUCACAGGACUCCCGUACGGCCCAGAGUUCCCCGCUGUGACGCUGCGCGACGCCGUUGCUCUACAACGUCAACUAUUGGAGGACGGGCUGGGUGUGCGUCAGGUACAGGCCGUGAUUGGCGGGUCAUUGGGCGGCAUGCAGACACUGGAAUGGGCGUUCCAGGGCCAGGACUUCGUCAAAAGCUUUGUAGCCAUCGCAUGUGGCGCCCAGCAUUCGGCGUGGCAGAUCGGUAUCAGCGAACUACAACGCCAGGCCAUCUACAUGGACCCGAACUUCCGCGAUGGCCAUUACACGUCCAACGCUCCUCCUAACACCGGCCUUGCGCUGGCUCGCCAGAUUGCCAUGGUGAGCUACCGUACUCACGCCGCGUAUGCCGACAAGUUCGGUCGAUGCCAAGAAGAAGCUGCUCAAGACGACAGCCUGGCCUCCAAGCACGGACGCUAUGUAGUACAGUCGUAUUUAGAGUAUCAGGGAGAAAAGUUCCUCUCUCGCUUCGACGUUAACUCGUACUUGGCUCUACUGCACAUGAUGGACACGCACGACGUCGGUCGUGGCCGCGGCGGUGUCGGUCAGGCACUGGGGUCUUUGUCGCAGCCUUCUCUGGUCGUCGGUAUCGACUCGGACGUCCUGUAUCCAUUGUCCGAGCAGCAGGAAAUCGCUGACCUGCUGCCUAACUCGCAAUUCGCAGCACUAUCGUCGCCACACGGUCACGACGGAUUCUUGCUGGGCCAAGAGGAGAUCAGCGAACUCACCAAGAAAUUCCUUGCUGAGAACGUGGAGUGA